UCGAAUGUAUUUAGCCUCUCGUUGUGAGCGUAGUUACACUCCAAUUCUCAUGGUGGCGAUAAUGCCCAAAUAGCUGCCAUCUGCAUAGUCAGAAAACCCACCCGAAGAAACGCCUUCUUUCUCGGCGCCUGGUUUUUGAAACGCUUGGAAAAGUUGGACCAGACAGGUGUGGCAGCUUGCGUUGCUAGAGACAACGUAGCCCACUUAUUGUAACGAUUUACAAUAGAUGUUGCCUUUGAUAGCAGCUGGAAACAUCCGCCGUGGGACACUGUUCCAGGAAGGACCAAAGUCCAAAAUCUUUGAAGUCCCCUGCUGGGUUUCUGUCACGUGCAUUAUCAGGACAUGGAAUCGACCGUGCUGAACCUGCACAACCAUUUCCAGAAUCUUUGUGCAUGCUCCGAUAUUCUCAAUGAGGGCCUCGAACCACAGUUCAUCCAAAUGGCUCUGAACUUCGAGGACUGCAGGAGGAAGUGACUGCAGUGGGAGGAGGAACUGGGAGCCUGCAAGGAGGUGCUGACGAAAACAGAGACUGAGACGGGGGCUCUGGAGAUAAAGCUGAAGCACGUCCGCAACCAGGUGGACGUGGAGAUCAGACGGCGCCAGCGGGCAGAGGCAGAAUACGAGAAACUGGAGCUCCAGCAGCAGCCUCCACCUGAGUGAGGAGCAACGCUCUGCCCUCGCCUUCCUCAACGCCCACUCCCAGGCCGCACAGGCUGCCAAGAACAACCCCAACCUCAACACCUUCCACAGGAUUGGGACUCUUCUGUGAUGAGGAAAGUGCGACUGAGAACUGCAGAAAAGGCGUUCAUCCAGAACCCUUGCUGAGCCGCCACAGCAGGUGGUGAAGAAACCCCGCUCCACCUGCCGCACUUCCGAGAGGGUGAAUGAGUCCAUAGUGACCAAGACACCAUCACAGUGCCUGUCAAUGGAGGUCUGGUAGAGGCCUUGUCCACCAUGGAGACAGUGCCUGGCUACUGGACAGGCAGCAGGAAGAGGACCGCUGCUCAGGGCUGGGACACUACUUCUAUUGACCAAUCAGAGGCAGCUAGCGAGGCUCCCAGCACCCCAUGCAGUAAGGCUCCGUCCCCAACCAAAACACCCAGAGCCAAAGUGGGGGCCCGAAAGCACGAGUUCCUUGCCAAAACGGUGAUCAGGUCAGAGUUCUGUGUGCCGUGUGGAAGGAAGACCAAGUUUGGGAAGCUCUACCUGAGGUGCCAGGACUGCAGGCUGGUGGCUCACCCAGAAUGCCGUGACCGCUGCACCCUGCCGUGUAACCCUAUCUCUACAGGCAGCACCCCCAGCAGGAUCAGAGAGCCAAGCACCCUUGCAGACUACGCUCCCUCCUCCUCUCCCAUGAUCCCUGCCCUGGUGGUCCACUGUGUCAAGGAGAUCGAGCACAGGGGUUUACAUGAGAUGGGUCUUUACCGUGUGUCGGGUGAGGGGCACACAGUGAAGGAGCUGAAGCAGAGCUUCCUGCAGGGGAGGACAGUGCCUGUCCUGGCCAAGGUGGAGGACAUCCACUGUGUCACCGGCCUCCUCAAGAACUUCCUGAGAAACCUCCCGGAGCCUCUACUCACCUUCCGCCUCAACCGCGACAUCAUGGAGGCUGCAGAAAUCCAGGACAAUGGCAAUAGCCUGUCGAUGAUCUACCAGACCAUCAGUGAACUGCCCCAUCCUAACAGAGACACUCUGGCCUAUCUGUCCAUCCACCUGCAGAGGGUGGCCCAGUGUGUACUAGACACCAAGAUGGACAUCACCAAUCUGGCAAGAGUGUUUGGACCCACUCUGGUGGGUCAUGCCGUCCCAGACCCAGACCCCAUGACCAUCCUGCACGACACCAACAGACAACCACGGGUGAUGGGGUGCUUGUUGGCCCUUCCUUAUGAGUACUGGAGCCAGUUCACAGUGGAGCAGCACACCCAUCCAGACGAUGUGGUCAAAGACGAUGCUAACUGCUACAACACUCCAGACCACAAAGUGAGCAUGCUGGGACCAGUGACCACUCCAGAACACCAGAUGACUAAAACACCCUCUUCCAGCUCCCUGUCCCAGCGCAUGAAACAGACUUUCUCCAGCACCACUAUCGACCACCACAGAACAUCAACAGCGUUUAUCGCUUUGUCUGUGUUGCUGAAGCUGCAACAUAAUUACAGCCAUUUCUGAUUGAACAGUUCUGUUACCGAAAUCCCUCUUUGUUUAGGAAAAACAUUCCCUAUUCCCUCAAUACGUGACCAUCGCAUGCACGUGACCAAUAGGGCCUGAACUAUAUCAUAAUCGCAUCAAUAAAUUGCCUAUAACAAACUCUAAACACGUAGCACAUGUGACAGCAAAAUGGAUGCAGAGGAUGUGACAAUUGUUUUUUGAAACUGGGCAAUGUUUACUGCUUCCUCGGGAGGUAAAGGGGAAGUCAGAUGUGUGGAAUGCAUUUGACUAGUUGUGGGAAAUACUGGAGGUCAAUAAAUAAGUUAAAUAGCAAGCGCUGAGUGCGUAUUAUGUGUGCCGAACAGGUUCUGUAUAGAUUACAAUAUAUUUUUCUGACCAUUUGUAACAUUGAAUGUAUUUUCCGAAAUGGAACUUUAUUUAUUUAUUGUUUACGCUAAUUAUUCUUGGGUCGCUUAUUUUAACUAAAAUGCUUGAUUGCAUUUCAAAUCAUGAAUGUCUCGUAUGCUGUGUGAUGACAUGAACACAUAAAUGAUUGAUUGAUACAGUAGCCUAUAUAAGUAUUGUAAUAUAGGCUUCAGGAAGUUAUGCUAUUAAGACUCCACAGGAUGGGCUCUUGGGGCUACAGCUCGAAGGUGGUUAUACAAGGCUGCUAUACUAAGCCUACUAAUGAUAAUGACAUUACUUAUUAUUAUAAUGAUGAUCAUAAUAACUAUAAGAAGGAAUUUGGAACAGCGUAAACGGCACUAAAUCAAUUCUAAAUGAUACCAGAGAGGCUGUUUUUAUUUAAAAAUAUAUCAUUUAAGCCAUUACAGCAUAGCAAAGAUCAAAACCAGUUUAAUCUUGGCGCUCACGGAAUCACUAGGCUAUUAAACCAACAUUCAGAUCCUGCUUUUGUUGCCUGUUUGUCUUAUUUCUGUAGAUAUAUUGAUGAUCUAUUAAACCAGGCACAUGUAAGUUAGGCUAUUGAUUUAUAGAUCGAAUUAAGUUGGUUUCCUCUCUUCACUUUUCUUAGACUAUUAAGACGGGCUGUUUUCUCAUCUCCUAACUCCGCUGCUGCCUCCGCCUCAUUGUUCUCAACACAGAUAUGCCUGUUAACUUUGCUAUUAUGCACAUAGCAACAUGGUCUAGGAAAAUGCACAGUUUCAGAACAAGAAAAAUAGAAAGCACAUUUGUUAUAAAAUAAUAUUUUUAUUAGUGUUGCACUGUUCUUAUGUAAUAUGACCGUAUACAUUUUCAGCGGCACAUGUCAUAGAGUGAUGGACUGUGUCAUCCCCACGGCCUCCACAAUGGAUUAGUCCACUCAGACAGGCGUGAAUCAGGCAGGUCUCUUGUACACCAUGAUUUAUUUGUUUUGCUACUGCUCAACUAAGGAAAUCUCGGUCGACCAACAGCCUAUUGACCAAACAAUCGACCAGUCAAGUAAAUGGAGUCAGCCCGAAAUGUGUUUUAUUGGGUGAUAAAUCUGCCUGAAUGUAUUUUUUAUAUUCUCGUUAGCUUGGAUUAUCUGUUCUUAAUUUGCUUAAUCUGUGGUUAUAUCAGAGUGAUGCAGUUUAAUGUUUUUUAUUCUUAUAUACAU